AUGGGGUUUUUGUUUGUGUUGUAUUUCCUAACCCAUUCGGUAUUGGCUCUUCUGAAUGUUAACCUAAUGGAAGAUUACGUAAAAUGGCAACGAUUAAGGACAGUAACUAUUUUCCAUUGUCUGGAUCAAAAUUAUGACAUUCUUCACGUAUCUCAACGUAUGAGUAAGGUUUACGAAGGACGUGUCCAUUAUGAGGAUAUUACCAACUUAUCCGUUGACUUUUGGAACCACAGUCACGUGAUGAGGUUCGAUUAUUCGUCGCUAGGAGCCGUAAUUGAUACUACAUGUGCGCAAACUGUCGACUUAUUCAGGAUAAUCUCCGCGUAUGAAUAUUUUAAUGCAUCAUAUUAUUGGCUGAUUUUUGGGAAUGAAUCCACCACGUGCCUGCUGGAUAAGCAAAAUCUUAAUAUCGAUGCGAAGAUUACUCUGGCUAUCGCAAAAGAUGAGUUUAGUAGAACUUACAGCUUGUAUGAUGUGUUUAGUCCCAUGAGAAGGCGCGGAACGCCUUUGAACGUAACAUAUAUGGGAAGUUGGAGUACGAGUCAUGGAUUCAAAAUCAUAGUAAAUCAAACUGAGUACGAACGCCGGGUUGACUUCGGAGGGCUUUGGUUGAAAGCAGCUGUUACGACUUUGGAUCACUUGCAUAAUUCGACACUACGGGAGCUUCUAACUAGUAAAGAACCAGUAACAAAGUUUGCCUUCUACAGACUUGGAUAUCAAAUAUGGGAACAUGUGAUGCUGAAGCACAAUUUUACGUUCCAGUUGAUUAAAACAUGGACCUGGAAUCUCGAGAACGUAGACGGACGCUCGCCUAAAGGUAUGGUCGGACAAGUGGUUUCUAAACAGUGUGAUCUUACCGUAAACGGUUUGAGCUAUAGGCAAGACAGAGUUGGAACAUUCGAUAAUACUAUUACUAUUUUGAUAUCGAGGCAGCUCAUCAUUUUUCGUCAUCCGAGAAAAGGUUCGGCGAGAAAUAUUUUUCUGCAACCGUUUCGAAUUGAUCUCUGGAUAGCGGUGCUGGCUCUCAUAGCGUUCGCUUCAAUAUUAUUGUUUGGAAACUUUAUUGUCGAAAGUUUGAAAAGCCGUUUCAGCUACGUAGCUCAAGAUAGCAAAAAAUUGUCUCUUCUGGUUAUUAUCGGAAUUGUUUGUCAGCAAGGUUUUGCUCCUAAAACAUUUCUUGGUUCAACGAGAACCACUUUGAUUACUAUGUUGAUGUUUUCUUACUUCCUUUUACAAUUUUAUUCGACGUACAUAGUGAGUUACCUCCUAAUUGCUCCACCAAAGUUUAUGAACACACUGAGGCACUUGAUAGACAGCGACUUUAAAGUGUUAGUUGAAAAUGUAGCCUAUAAUAAUGAUUAUUUCAACGCAACUAAAGAUCCACUAGCAAUUGAAUUAUACAAACGUAAAAUUUUGAAUGGAGAGAACAAUUUCGUAAACAUUACGACGGGGAUCGCCCAGGUCAAGAAAGGUGGCUACGCCUUUCAGUGCGAUACGGGUUACGCAUACCCACUAAUAAUGAGAACGUUUACGGAUAAGGAAAUUUGCGAUUUACAGGAAACACUUCUCAAUCCGAUUCGUCCACUGCAGCUACCCCUACGGAAAGGUAGCCCAUUUAAGCAAAUGUUCCGUGUCACAUUGCGUAAACUGGCAGAAGGUGGGCUGCUGAGGACCUUCCAGAAUCAGUUUGCCAAUGAUAAACCAAAAUGUGCAAAAAGCGAGCAGGAAACUCAGCCCGUUGAUUUGGAACAUGUUUCGACUCUGUUUGCAGCAUUGUUUGUCAGCAUCCUUGGUAGCUUUUGUGGGUUGCUGUUAGAACUGCUACACCGACAUGUUUCAAAAAGGCGGCAGAAUCCCAAAUGGGGUUUUUCAUGA